AAACAGAAGAGGAUGAACAAUACAAAAAAGAAACAUGUAUACUAAUGCUCAAAAUUGCUGCAUAGUUGUUUGUAUUUCGGUCACAUUGUAUUGCUCUGGAACCUGUUAUGUUUACCAUGCGUACGCAAUGAAACAAUUGGGAGCUGUCAUUCUGUUUUUCUACCUACUAACAACUGAAUUUACAUCAGCUGCCAUCCAACUGGAAGAUAACCGAUACCUAGAUAAAGAGUUUCAGACAAAUGCAGUGAAUGUCAGAGAAUUAGCCACCUGGAUAAUGCAACUACUUUUACACAAGGGACAACAAACUAUAUGCACUCACAAGCGUAAUUCAGAACUUAUAAACACUCUGCUUGGACUGCCAAAAAUACUGAAUGAAGCUGGAAGGAAAUGAUAUGGGUGUCAGAUAAAAAGCACGUUGUUACUUAUGUUUGACAACACAGAAUUAAUUUCUCUAAGAAUACUUGACUCGUAAAGUUUUGCUUAAAUAAUUUUUUUAUUAUGGCUUGUGUGCAUGAAUGAAAAAUAAAAUUGUGUAAAUAAAGGUGAA